CAUAAAGCCGGCCGGCCUUGGGACAUCCGCGCAGCUGCCCCGCCCAGAGAGCUUGGACGGCCGGCCGGGCCCCUCUUCGGCUUCCCCUGGCAGCGGCUCACACCAUGGGAGGCCCCUACUGCGGCAGAUCUCUUGUCCAUCUUGUGCUGUGUGUCUUGCUGACUCUGUUAGAAGCUGGAUUCUGGAGCUCGGCCUCUGCCCCCACCGCCUGUGCUCGCUGGUGCCCUCUGAACUCCGUAUGUGUCAAUGCCACCGCCUGUCGCUGCAAUCUGGGAUUCAGUUCCUCGUCUGGGGAGAUCUUCACCAGCCUCUUGGAGAGCUGUGAUGACAUCAACGAGUGUGGCCCACCCUCGCCCGUGUCCUGUGGAAAAUUCGCAGACUGCCGGAACACUGAGGGGAGCUACUUCUGCACGUGCAGCCCAGGAUACGCGCUGGCUUCUGGGGCAGCCGCGUUCAGGAAUGCGAGUGAGAACACAUGUCAAGACGUGGACGAAUGUCAGCUGAAACCCAGGGUCUGCAGAAGCCGCGGAAUCUGCAUCAACGGCCAGGGCAGCUACUCCUGCCAGUGCCCGCCUGGCUUGGAGCUCAGUCCGGAGGAGCCGAGGCUGUGCACAGAUGUGAAUGAAUGUACCUCAGGGCAAAACCCAUGCCACGACUCCACCCACUGUUUCAACAUCGUUGGGAGCUAUGAGUGCCGCUGCCGCCCUGGCUGGAAGCCAGUUCCUGGGUCCCCCCAUGGCCCAAACACCACCAUCUGUGAAGAUGUGGACGAGUGCAUCGCCGGGCAGCAUAAGUGCCACAACUCCACCAUCUGUGCCAACACUGUGGGCUCAUACACGUGCCACUGCCGCCGAGGCUGGAAGCCCAAACCUGGAUUCCAAAACAAGCAAAUGGACACCACCUGUGAAGAGAUGUCCUUCCCCGCCUGGACCAUGCCCUCUGGUAUAAAGAGCGAGCGUCUCUCUCGUUUCUUUAAAGAAGUCCAGGAUCUCAGCAGAGACUUCACGGUAGCUUUGGCCAAGGACACCAUCAAGAAACUCAUCGGGUCAGUGGACAAGCUGAUGGAAGUCCCUGGGGACAUGGAGGCCCUGGUCCUGUCUGAUCGGCACCAUGCUGCCACUCACCUGCUCUCGGGCCUCGAACAAGUCCUGAGGACCCUGGCCAAGGCCAUGCCUGGAGACUCUUUCACCUAUCGGUCCCUUUCAGACACAGAGCUGUCCCUGAUGAUAAAGGAUCAAGGCAAAGGCAACCUCACCAUGGGCCAGAGGCAUGCCCGGAUGCAGAUGGCCUGGGCCAUGGCAGCUGCAGCCAAUGACUCAGACCCCACGGUGGUGGGCAUCCUCUCCAGCCGGAACAUGCAGAAAUUGCUGGCCAACGCCUCCUUGGAGCUGGACCCCAAGAAGCAAGUCCAGCUGGAGGAGACCCACCAGAGUCCCGUCCAUGGUGCCCAGCUCAGGCUCCUCUCUGCCGUCAACUCGGUCUUUCUGAGCAACACAAACACAAGCAAACUCAACUCACCCAUCACCUUCGCCUUCUCCCACCUUCCUCACCUACAGCAAGAGACACUGGGGCCACGGCAGGAGCUGAUCUGUGCCUUCUGGAAGAGUAACAACGACAGAGGCGGCCACUGGGCCACCACGGGCUGCCAGACGCUUGGCACCCAGAAUGGCAGCACCACCUGCCAGUGCAGCCAUCUGAGCAGCUUUGCCAUCCUCAUGGCACACUACAAUGUGCAGGACCCGAAGCUGGCCCUGAUCACCAAGGUGGGACUGGCGCUGUCGCUGGUGUGCCUGCUGCUGUGUAUUCUCACCUUCCUGCUGGUACGGCCCAUCCAGGGCUCACGCACCACCGUGCACCUGCACCUCUGCAUCUGCCUCUUCGUGGGCUCUGCCAUCUUCCUGGCGGGCAUCGAGAACGAAGGCGGUCAGGUGGAGCUGCGGUGCCGCCUGGUGGCCGGGCUGCUGCACUAUUGCUUCCUGGCCGCCUUUUGCUGGAUGAGCCUGGAGGGCGUGGAGCUCUACUUCCUCGUGGUGCGCGUGUUCCAGGGCCAAGGCCCGAGCAAGCUCUGGCUCUUCCUCAUCGGCUACGGCGUGCCCCUGCUCAUCGUGGCUGUCUCCGCGGCCGUCAACAGCCAGGGCUACGGCCGCGUCCUCUACUGCUGGUUGGACCCAGACCGUGGCUUCCUCUGGAGCUUCCUAGGACCUGUGACCUUCAUCGUUUUGUGCAAUGCUGUCAUCUUUGUGACAACUGUCUGGAAGCUUACUCAGAAGUUCUCUGAGAUCAACCCAGACAUGAAGAAAUUAAAGAAGGCCAGGGUGCUGACCAUCACCGCCAUUGCCCAGCUCUUUGUGCUGGGCUGCACCUGGGUCUUCGGCCUGUUCCUCUUUGACCCACACAGCUGGGUACUGUCCUACACCUUCACCAUCCUCAACUGCCUGCAGGGCCUCUUCCUCUUCGUGCUACAUUGCCUGCUCAACAAGAAGGUAAGGGAGGAGUACUGGAAGUGGGCCUCCAGGGUCACUGGGAACAAGUACUCAGAGUUUGCCACAUCCACAUCUGGCACCAGUCACAACCAGACUCGGGCCCUGAGGCCCUCAGAGUCUGGCAUGUAACGGAGAGGUUCUGGCCAUGCUGGCAGCACCCAUGGCCUCUGCAGCUUUUGCAAGUGCUGAAGACUGUCUCCUCCUCUCCCACCACUCUGCUCCUUCUGCCUAACUGCCUCAGCGGUGUGCGACACGGAGAGAGGGUGACAGCUACGGCCUGGUACUGACCCAGGACGCUGAGCCGGGGUGGAGUUGGACCUGCUGGGCCUGCUUCUGGCUGCCUCUCGGUUCCACCCAAGCUGGGACCCAGGGUGGAGGAGGAGCUGGCCUGGGGCUGAGCCCCUUGCCUUGGUACACGAGGCCCGGACAGACUAAGGGCUUGUUGCUCACUUGGACCAAUUUCCACAUUAAGCUAAGACUGAGGUCUGGGGUGGGCGGAGGACAGAGCCCCUCCAAGUCCCACUGCCUGCGGCUCAUGGUACAGAGGCCCAUCUGCCCUGGGGACAGAGGGUUCUCACUGUUUUGAUGGUUGUGGAUGUUAUGUAAUGUUUUUUUAUCUGUAUAAACCUUUCGAUGUUGACACUCAAAAUUAAAUAUCACACUGAUACAGAAGGUG